AUCACUGUCCUCUCCCAGCGCAGCAGAAAUGUGCACAAUCAGGGUUAACUUAAAUCUGAACUAAACUCUAAGCCACAUGGGUUGGAAGUCUUCCCAGCAACUCACCAAGACAGCAAACUGUUGUGUGUGUGAGGCAAAGUGAAAAAAAAAAGCAGGAUGGACCCCUUGCAGAAAAAAGAAUCUAAGGAAAAUGCAUUCACUUUUAUCCCUACAGGAAGGAAUCCUCCGAAAGGUGUUUGCCUUCCUGAAAUAAAAUCCUCGAAAUUAUGUGGUACCAAUUACCCUCUCAGCAUUGCCUUCAUUGUAGUGAAUGAGUUUUGUGAACGCUUCUCCUACUAUGGCAUGAAAGCUGUUUUGACCUUGUACUUCCUUUACUUCCUCCAUUGGGAUGAGAAUACGUCCACUUCAGUGUACCAUGCCUUUUCGGGUUUGUGUUACUUUACACCUGUUAUUGGUGCAUUUAUCGCUGACUCAUGGCUGGGGAGAUACAAAACAAUCAUUUAUCUCUCCGUUGUCUAUGUGAUUGGGCAUGUGGUCAAGUCAGUUGGGGCCAUACCAUUGGUGGGAAACCAGAUUGUUCAUGUGGUUCUGUCGAUGACUGGCCUGUCUCUGAUUGCUCUUGGAACGGGAGGUAUCAAACCCUGUGUGGCAGCAUUCGGUGGUGACCAGUUUAAAGAAGAGCAUGCCCAGGAAAGAAGCAAGUUCUUCUCUAUCUUCUACAUAUCAAUUAAUGCUGGAAGCUUGAUCUCCACUUUAAUUACUCCUGUGCUAAGAGGAGAUGUGAAAUGCUUUGGCGAAGACUGCUAUGCUCUGGCUUUUGGUGUUCCUGCUGCUCUGAUGGUUAUAGCUCUGGUUGUGUUUGUUGCUGGAAACAGGCUGUACAAAAAGACUCCACCCCAAGGAAAUAUCUUACUUGAAGUUUGCAAGUGCAUUUGGUUUGCUUUGACAAACCGCAUAAAGAAUCGCUCCCAGCAGAUUCCCAAGAGGGCUCACUGGCUAGACUGGGCAUCAGAAAGAUAUUCAAAACAACUGAUCACUGAAGUGAAAAUGGUGACACGAAUCCUGUUCCUCUUUAUCCCACUGCCAAUGUUUUGGGCUCUGUUUGAUCAACAGGGUUCUAGAUGGACACUCCAAGCCACUAAAAUGAAUACUGAUUUUGGAGGAUUUGUCCUUCAACCUGACCAGAUGCAGUUUUUAAAUCCUCUCUUGAUCCUUGUCUUCAUCCCAGUUUUUGACUUGGGGCUUUACCCUUUGGUAAACCUGUGCAAAUUUAAUUUUACGCCCAUUAAAAAGAUGGCAACUGGCAUGAUCCUUGCAGGCCUGGCAUUUGCAGCUGCAGCUAUUGUAGAACUCAAGAUAGAGGAAAAUGCUACACCUGAUCCAGUUCCACAAGAAAGUUAUGUUCAAGUUGUGAAUUUGGCAGACAGCAAUAUUGAAGUGGCCAUUCUACAUCAUGACCUAUUUCAGUCAUCAAUUGAGCCUUUUCAGGACCCUGAUGUCUACUCAAAAUUAAUUUUGACUGGUGCCCAACAAAGCCUUUCUUUUAGGAUACAGUAUCGAGGAUCUUCUUUCUCAUUUAACCACACUAUCCAGGAAAAGUCGCUGUACAGCUUAAUUGUCUACAAGGCAGAGGGAAACCUAACGAGCUAUUUGAUUAAAGACAUGGGUGGAAAACCAUCAGAAGGAAUGGCAGCAAUAAGAUUCAUUAAUACUUUGGCUCAAGAUGUCAACAUCACUCUUGGCAAAGAAGAGUUUGUAAGAAGUUACAGUGCUUCAAACUACAGGAUAGUGGAGAGAGGAAGAUACAAUAACGUCAAAUGCCGAACUGAAGCAGAAGAAUCCAUCCUGCACCUAGGCCUGCUUGAUUUUGGAGCUUCGUAUACUGUUCUUAUAACAAGAAAUAUGUCUAUAAAUUUGCUUGAAGCAUGGAAGAUAGAAGACAUCCCAGCCAAUAAUGUUCAUGUGGCUUGGCAGAUUCCACAAUACCUAUUAAUAUCAGCUGGGGAAGUUAUAUUCUCCAUUACAGGACUUUCUUUCUCAUAUUCCCAGGCUCCCAACAGCAUGAAGUCAGUAGUGCAAGCAGGCUGGCUGCUAACUGUAGCCUUUGGAAAUGUUAUUGUGCUUAUUAUUGCCCAAGCUGCACCUCUGGAACAGUGGGCUGAGUUUGUUUUAUUUGCUGCACUCAUCUUUGUUGUGUGUGUCAUCUUUUCCAUCAUGGGAUAUUUUUACCAUAGCAUCGGUCCAGAAGAACUCAUCGAUAAAGAUAACAAGCGAGAUACACCAAGCAAUAAAAACAUGAUUGGACUUGUUGCCAAAAAACCCUGAGCUCCAAGAUUGCCAUGGACUUUGAAGAGAGGUUUUAAUGUAUUUUUUUUUCCAGAAAAGAACUAUAAUUAGGAAAGGGACUUCUUGUUCUUAAUACCCGUUUGUAAUGUUUUAUUCUAAGUGGCAAGCUGCGCUCUUUUGCCCAGAAAAUGAAUAUAACUGACACAGCAGUAUUCAGAAAAAAAUGCAAUGUAUUGUUAAAUCUGCCUAUCUCUUCUGCUCCCCAUCAAUUAUUGGGAAUAGUUUUUUCAACUUUAUAUUUAGUUGAAACCUUAGAAAUGAAUAAGCAAGAAUGCUGCAGACCAAAUGAGUAAAGUAUCAGCUAAAGUACUUUCCAGCCCUACAAGAUAAGAAGAAAUAAAAUAGUUACAUUUUUUUUGUUUAAUGUACCUUUUCCUCUACUUGUUCCUUUUCUGUGUCUCAUAGGCUGGGCUACUACUGGUACCCAAUAGCCCUAGGGGGCAUAUACAGCUUCCUAGGUUUUUUUUUUCAGGAAUUCUCUCCUCAAUUCAAAAAAAAAAUAAGGCAUGGGAUAUAUGGAAAAACUGGAGAAUCUACAAGGAAAAUAUUAUAAGUCUGCUCACACAAGUUCUUUUUCCCAUGCUGUACUUUAAUUUUUGCACAGUGCCAAGAAAUUUUAAACGCUUUAAAUAACAAUAGUAUCUUUGAAACAUGGAGCAAAGCUUGCAGGAAGUCACUCAUUUUAACUACCUUGCAUAUCAAAACUUGCAGAAAGUCAUUCAUUUUAACUACCUUGCAUAUCAGACAGUACUAAGAUUUUUUUAAUAGCAGAUCCCAUAGUCCUUUUCAUGUGCUGGAAGAAAUUUAUUUACAGAGUGACCAUUCAAUUCUACCUGGAAUCUGUGAGAUCAAAUACUAGCCACUUCAUAUGCCCCAGCUCUGAAUGGUAAGCACUUUACAGCUUUCAGAGAGUCCCUUUUGCAAUUACAAUCAAUCCAAACAGCCGCGCCAACUUCUGUUCUUUGCACAAGGGCUUCAAUCCAAGGAUGCUUCCAGCUUACCUGUGUCUCCACUAGCAGCAGUUUCAAGGUGGGAACCACUUGUCCACUGGAAGCCCCAGAAGAUAAGGAUCUUGUCCACUUUCCUGGGCAGGUGGCAACAGUGCCACUUUGAAGAACAGUGCUCAGAAGAUCCGAAUGUGGCUUCUAAGCCACUGAAUAUCACUGGGUUAUACAUUUCUGGCCCUUCAGGGUACCAUUGUCUGAGAGCUACUUUGAUUUCUUUAGAACGAUUCUAAAUCUAAUUUCAUGUGGAAUAUUUGUGGCCCAUUCCUGUAUUAGACCAGAGAACAGUUAUGAAGGUCUGUUUGGAACAAUAUUUGCAUGUACAAAUUAUGUAUCCGAAAAGUUAGUGUGUGUGUGAUACGUUACAGUUAUUGCAGUUCUGGAACAAUUGUAGGAGGGGUAAUACCUGUAGUGGCCAAUGGAAAACCAUUGUGUAGUCAGUGGGGGCUCGGGCAGGAAAUAAAGAAACCUCAUUUAC